GCUAGCUGGGCCUGUACCUUUUCUUUUUAGAAGCGGGGUUGGGUGAUACUGAUGUACGGUGGAGUCUUUAUUCCUCGCCACCCCUGGGGGAGUUGAUUUUGGGGAGGCAGAGGGGAAGAAUCCAUGGAAUGGAACCCGCGGAAUUAGCUUCAUUUAGCUAAUAAGAACUUGUGAGAGAGCUUGGCCUUUUCCCGACUUAUAAAUUUUAGGAAUAAUGCCUUUUAAGUUGUGGGGUUGAAGACAGACCAUGUACGUGAAGCCCUUAGCUCUGGUUUUACAAAUCAUAUUCGUGAUUACGCAGCUUUCUCCCAUUAAUACUCAGGCGUGUCCUCGCCGUUUUCUUCUCACAUCUCUGAGAGAGAUGCCUAGUAGGGACAGCUGUUUUCCAGACCUGGAGAAAUGCAAAGUCCUCUCUCUUUAAGACAAAUGAGAUCUUAUCUACUACUGUCAGUGUUCCGAACCAUUAUCCAGUGGAGGGCACCCUUAAGCAUCUGAAAGAGAGAACAGAUUGUUGAACUGUCAUUCCAAAAGGUUUGGGAUAUCUAACCAUUAUGGCACCAAGAAACUUCUUGUGUAUGAGAGGUAACUUUCUCUUUGGUUCAAGAGGUUGGAUGAUCCAGUUUCCUGCAAAAAUCCUCUUUAAAUUAGUUUCGUUUAGGCUUUACAGCGUGAAGUGUGGUAAUACAGACAGUGAGUCUUCAGAGAAUGAAGAACUACUGAAUAACCUACUUAAAAUGGGAGUAGAUGUUGACAUGGCGAAAAAACGACAGCCUGGAGUUUUUAAUAGGAUGGGAACUAAAGAGCAAGACCUGAAGAUGUUCCUUCUAUCCAAAGGAGCUAGCAAAGAAGUGAUUGCUAGCAUUAUAUCAAGAUACCCACGAGCCAUUACACGCACACCUGAAAGUCUUUCAGAACGGUGGGAUCUAUGGAGAAGAAUUAUGACAUCAGACCUUGAAAUUAUAAACAUCUUGGAACGUUCUCCUGAAUCUUUUUUUCGGUCCAGAAACAACCUAAACUUAGAAAAUAAUAUCAAGUUCCUCUAUUCAGUUGGAUUGACCCAUAAAUCCCUUUGUCGAUUGUUGACCAAUGCCCCACGUACCUUCUCCAAUAGUCUAGAUCUGAAUAAACAGAUGAUUGAACUUUUGCAAGAAGUCUGUUUGUCAUUGGGUCACAAUGAGCCCAGAGAUUUUGUUGGGAAGAUAAUUUUUAAAAACCCUUUCAUUUUAAUUCAGAGUACCAAACGGGUGAAAACUAACAUUGAGUUUUUACAGUCAACUUUCAACUUGAACAAUGAGCAGCUGCUCAUUCUGCUGUGUGGUCCAGGAGCUAAAAUUCUAGACCUUUCCAAUGACUAUGUCAGCAGAAACUACACAAAUAUCAAGGAGAAGCUGUUUUCUCUUGGGUGUACUGAAGAAGAGGUGCACAGGUUUAUCUUAAGCUAUCCAGAUGUGGUCUUCUUGGGAGAGAAAAAGUUUAAUGAUAAAAUAGACUGCCUCAUAGAAGAAAAUAUUAGCGUAUCACAAAUAAUUGAAAAUCCUCGGAUUUUGGAUGCAAGCAUAAGUACUUUAAAAAGUCGAAUCAAAGAAUUGGUAAAUGCUGGCUAUAAUUUCAGUACAUCAAACAUCACUCUUUUAUCUUGGAGUCAAAAAAGAUAUAAAGCUAAAUUGAAAAAGUUAAACACUGAACAGAACAUUGUUCUGGGGAAUUAAAAAGUAUCUUAUAAUGUAAUGAUACCUCAUUUUGAAUUUGGGCCUUUCAAAAAGGAGAGGUUUGGUUUCUUAACUGUAUAUACUGUAUAACCUGCAAAAAUUGCUGCUAAUGAUCCUUCGGAUAUUUUACUGUAAAGAUUUGUAAAAACUCAUGGUCAGGAUGCUCUAGUAUAGUUUUUCCAGUUAUCUUUUCUCUAGUUUGAAUUAAUACAACAUCCAAUUAUAUGAUACAGGCUGUGACUGUCCUAUGAAUGGUAGUUUCCUGAGUGCAGGACAGAACAAUAUGUGGAAAGAUAAAAAGUACAAAAUAAGCUUUUGGUUCCUAUUCAGAUUAAAAAAUCAACAGAGUCAUUUGGAUAGUUCUAUUUCGUCUCAGGGUUUUGAAUGGCAACUGAUUUCUCCUGUUCCCACAUAUCUAAUUGUGGCUCAUCUUCAAAAUAAAAUGCUAGUAAAAAUCGGACAAACCAGAAAGGAGGGGUUUUUAUCUCAAGUUCUACAUUCUCCAAUUAAACCAUUAGUAUGUUCCUCCUACCCCCCCCCCCCCAAAUUUAGGCUCAAUUUACUAUGGGUAUAUCCUGAUUUUCUUUGAAGAAAAUGGCAACUAUGAUAGGCAGAAAAAUGCCCACCCAAAGAUGUCAGUGUCAUAAUUCCCAGAAUCUGAAUGUGUUAUGUUACACUGGAAAAGGACUUUGCAGAUGCAAUUAAGUUACGGACCUUAAGACAGGGAGAUUAUCCCAGAUUAUCUGUGUGGGCCCAAUGUAAUCAUAUGGGUCCUUCAAAAUGGAAGAGGGAUGUAAUAGAGGAGGUCAGAGUAAUAUGAUGUAAGGACUUGAGCCUAUUUACUGUCUUUGAAGGAGGAAGGGACCAUGAGCCAAGGAAUGCAGGUGGCCUCAAAGAAAAUGGAAAAGGCAAGGAAACAUUCUCCCCUAGUGCUGCUAGAAAGGGACACAGCCCUGCUGGGACCUUAAAUUUAGCACACUGAGACAUGUGUCAAACUUCUGACAUUCAGAACUAUAAUAUAAUCAUUUUGUGUUGUUUUAAGCCACUGAGUGUGUGUCUGUUGUUACAGCAUCAAAUAGAUGAAUAUAGGAACUAAAUGAUAAUUAGUUGCAUUAUAGGUGAAGAAGUCACAAAAUAUGGUUCUUUUAGCAUAUCUGUGUUUCUUUCUCUUGUAAUUAACUUUUUUUUAUCCACAUACCUUUUUGGAAUAAUGACUAAGUUACUGUUUGUGAAGACCUCUAAAUGUAUAAAAAACUAAAUGUAAGUAAUAAAGUCUAAAUAAAGAAAUAUUUUUACCUGAUAAUGUAGUUUAAAGAAAUGGUUAUAGUUUCUAUAUAUUUAUGUUUUAUGGGAAUUUCAUAUAAUAUAAAUAAAGAACAAGGGAUUUUUAGAUGCACUGACUUAAAAAAUGACAAACCAGGUAAUGACUUGAAGGCAUUUGCAAUCUAGCUCUGAUUUGAACUGAAAGAGAAGGGACAAAUUAUAUGACCUUAGCUACUUUCCACUGUUUUCCAGAGGCAUUUGUUUUCUAGAUAUGGAUUUUGAAUUAAAUAACAAUGGUGCUAAACCUCUUAAAGCUUAUUUCCUAUCAGUGAUACCUCCAAAAAAUCUUUCAUGACAUGGAUAGAAACAUAAUGCCUGUGGCCUUUUUCAAGGCCAUUUUAUGUCAAUGAUAGUCUUAUAAUUAUUUCCAAUGCACUAUUUGAUGGCAAGUAUGGCAUGGUUAAGAAAACAUAGGCUUUAGAGAGAUACUUAUUUAGAGUGAUAUAUCUGGGCAUCAUUCCUGACCAGCUCUGCACCUUUGUGUAAAUAUUUUAACUUCACUGAACUUGUUUUCUCAGCUGUAAGAUUAAAAAUUGGCCUCACAGAUGGCAAAAAUCAGAUGAUAUAGAGUCUCUUAAGUCUUUUUGCAGAUGGUAACUGUCCAAUGAUAGCUGUAAUACAGUUAUAAUAAUAUUUUUAAAAAUAGAUUUAUGGAUAAAUAAUUCACAUAACUCACCAACUUAAAUUAUACAGUUCAAUAUUUUUUAUACUCCUAGAGCUGUAUAAUCAUCACAAUCUAAUUUUAGGAUAUGUUUAUGCCCCCUAAAAGAAACCCUUUGCCUAUUAGCAGUAAAUUCCCAUUGUCCCCUCCCUUCCCUGGCCCUAAACAACCAAUGAUCUACUCUCUGUCUCUCUAAAUUUGUUUAUUCUGUAAUUUCAUAUAAAUG